GCGAGAGAGCUCUAGAUCAACUUAACACUGAACCCAUUAUUUUUCCAAGGUCAGAAAAAUAUUACACUAACAGGAACCAUUUCUCCAUUUCAUUUAGCUAAGAAUUCAAGGUUUUAAUCUAUAUUUUUAAUCUACAAUAAUCAGCUGCACCAUAAUAAGACAUACAGCCUGGUUGCAUAUAUUUAAGUGCUUCUGUUAAUCUCUCCCUCUCUCUUUUAUUGAUUUUUCUGGAUAGCGUUGACAUUGUAAACCACAGACGAAUUGGAGCCUGGCAUUUAAAGGAGGUGUUCUGCAGCGCUUUUUUUUUCUUGUCUAAAGAAGUUUACUUCUACAAGGGGGAAUCUGAAAAAUGACAGGGGCGAAGAGGAAAAAGAAAAGUGUACUCUGGAGCAAGAUGCAUACCCCCCAUUGUGAAGACUUUAAACAGUGGUGUAGAAGGCGGCUACCUAUUUUGGAAUGGGCACCACAUUACAAUCUGAGAGAAAACUUGCUUCCAGACACUGUGUCUGGUAUAAUGUUGGCAGUUCAACAGGUGACACAAGGGCUGGCCUUCGCUAUUCUUUCAUCUGUGCACCCAGUGUUCGGUUUAUAUGGGUCUCUGUUUCCUGCCAUCAUUUACGCCAUAUUUGGAAUGGGUCGUCAUGUUGCCACAGGCACCUUUGCCUUGACAUCCUUAAUAUCAGCCAACGCAGUGGAACGGCUUGUCCCGCUAAGCAGCCAGAACCUCACCCCACAGAGUAACACAAGUGUGCUGGGCUUAUCUGACUUCGAGAUGCAAAGGAUUGGCAUUGCUGCAGCAGUUUCCUUCCUGGGAGGUGUGAUUCAGGUGGCUAUGUUCGUGCUGCAGCUGGGCAGUGCCACAUUCCUGCUUACAGAGCCUGUAAUCAGCGCCAUGACAACUGGGGCAGCCACCCACGUUGUGACUUCACAAGUCAAGUAUCUCUUGGGGAUGAAAAUACCAUAUAUAUCUGGACCACUUGGAUUUUUUUACAUCUAUGCCUAUGUCUUUGAAAACAUCAAGUCUGUCCGACUGGAAGCACUGCUCUUAUCCUUGCUGAGCAUUGUAGUACUUGUUCUGGUUAAAGAGCUGAAUGAACAGUUUAAAAGGAAAAUUAAAGUUGUUCUUCCUGUCGAUUUAGUUUUGAUCAUUGCUGCUUCAUUUGUUUGUUACUGUACCAACAUGGAGGACACAUAUGGAUUCGAAGUAGUUGGUCAUAUUCCAAAGGGAAUUCCUCCGCCUAGAGCUCCCCCGAUGCGCGUCCUCUCAGCGGUGAUCACUGAAGCUUUUGGAGUGGCGCUUGUAGGCUAUGUGGCCUCACUGGCUCUUGCUCAAGGAUCUGCCAAGAAAUUCAAAUAUUCAGUUGAUGACAACCAGGAAUUUUUGGCCCAUGGCCUCAGCAAUGUGAUUCCAUCAUUUUUCUUCUGUAUACCAAGUGCUGCUGCAAUGGGCAGGACCGCUGGCCUGUAUGGCACUGGAGCAAAGACACAGGUGGCUUGUCUAAUAUCCUGCAUUUUUGUCCUGAUAGUCAUCUAUGCAGUAGGACCUUUGCUUUACUGGCUGCCCAUGUGUGUUCUUUCAAGUAUUAUUGUUGUGGGACUGAAGGGAAUGCUAAUACAGUUUCGGGAUUUAAAAAAAUACUGGAAUGUGGACAAAAUUGAUUGGGGUGUAUGGGUCAGUACCUACAUAUUCACAAUAUGCUUUGCUGCCAAUGUGGGGCUGCUGUUUGGGGUUGUCUGUACCAUAGCUAUUGUGAUUGGUCGCUUUGCAAGAGCAAAGACCCUGAGUAUAAAAAACAUGAAAGAAAUGGAAUUUAAAAUGAAGACAGAAAUGGAUGGAGAAACCCUGCAGCAGGUGAAAAUCAUCUCAAUAAACAACCCACUUGUUUUUCUGAAUGCGAAGAAGUUUCAGACUGAUCUAAUGAACAUAAUCCAAAAGGAAAAUGCCAGCAUCCAGCUACUGGAUGAGAACAGCAAGUGUGAACAGAACACAUUGCUCAAUUCCCUAUCCAAUGGCAACUACAAUGAGGAAGCUUCACAGCCAUGCCCACCUGAGAAGUGUUCUUUAAUCCUGGAUUGCAGCGGAUUGACCUUUUUCGACUAUUGUGGAGUCUCCAUGCUUGUUGAGGUUUACAUGGACUGCAAGAGCAGGAGUGUGGAUAUAUCAUUAGCCCAUUGCACAGCUUCAUUGAUAAAAGCAAUGAAGUAUUGUGGAAACCCUGACUUGGAGAAACCCAUUUUUUUUGAAUCUGUAUCUGCUGCAAUAAGUAACAUCUAUCGAAAUAAGAAUUUGAGGAAACUCAGUGACCAUACUGAAGUUUGAGAUCCUUUUGCUGCAGCACAGCUCUUGGUUUUAGCAACUGUCCUGAAGAUCUCUGGCCAUACUCCAGCCUCGUGCUGAGCCUUUUUCAUUUAGAUCCUACAGAUGACCUCUACUACAAGUAUGAUGUGACUUAGUAACUACAUAACCACUGAUCAAGAUUCACCAACAGUUUUUUCUAAUCUUUGUUAGUAAGCAGAUCCACUUAGUCCACUUAGUAGGUUAUUGUGUAGAUAUUGUAUAAAAAUUGUUAUGCAUUUAGUUUUAGUGUGUGAAAGGUAAACAUGAAUUUAUUCCCUUUACCACAAUAUAUUUUGUUGUUUUUUUUCUGUUUUGUUGUCAGGUAACUUGUAAAACAGAAAAACACUUUGUCCUAAGAGAUUUAGAUCAUUUGCAAGCCAUUUGUAUCAACCCAGUAUGAUCUGUAUGUAAUGCAUAAAAACAACUUAGCAAAUGUGCCAUUUUCCCUAGAAAAAAUAAUGCAGGCCCUUGAACAUCAAUAGAUUAGAUGUUACUUUAUACAAUAUGAUAUGAAAUUCACAGAAAAUAAGUCAAAACAGAAACAAGUGACAAAAACCAUUGUUCUCCAUACAAUGAGAAGUCUUCAAGAAUGUUUUCAAGAUAAGUGGUGUCCCAGUGAAGCCAAGUUCUUGAUUUAAAUCUGUUUUGCUGUGAAUAUUGGGGAUGCUUAAGAUCUUCAGAACUGAUAGCCCUAAUUUCCAUAUUCCUACCCCAUACAGUCUCUUUUGUCAGCCUAAGUUUUGUCGGAGCCAGAGAAUGUAGAAAUUGUACAUUUUAUAUUUUUUCACAAAUGUGAUAUUUAGAUAAGAAAAUGCCACUAGUAGAAUAGUUUUGUGCUAUUCUAAUGUAAGAUUAACUGUAGUAGUUUGGGACUUGCCUAUUUCCUAGAGACUGUCAGUAUAAUAUAAUACACUAUCUCCAUAUAUCCAUAUAGAUAGAUAGAUUGCCACAGUUCUUUCCUUUUUCUUCUGUUAGAGGAGAGCUUGGGUAUGUGGUUAUCUAUAAACCCACCAAACCAGCAGGAUAAAUGACAGACACCAUAGGCUAGGGUGUUCUUUAUAAGUUAUUACUUUCAUGUUUGCACAUAUAUUUUCAAUCACAUACAAUUAGACAGUUUCAUAUUUUUAUCUAGACAUUUGCUUUACCUAUGAAGAAACCUCACUUUCAAUGAUAGGUAUAGACACAUAGUUAUGCUUCAGUCUUAUGGCAUUCUAACAGUUCUUGAAAUGACCAAUGGAACAAAAAUCCAGGUACUCUAAAGUGAAUUUGAGAAGUAGGCUGAAAACAAAAUCAUAAGCCUGGUCAUUUAGUAUUUUUGUGGGUAUCUGUAUGAAAAAUUCCCAGUGCUGGCCAGGUGAUUAAAUGGUCCCUAGUAAAUAUGUGGUAAAAGGGUUCAAACGGUCCUUAAUUUUAACAUUAAGUUCUAGGAAAGACAAUAUAAUGAAAUGAAAGGGGCAUAAUUUUGAGUAGUUUUGAAUUUUCAUAAUUUAUCCAGCCAUUUCAAUUUUGAUCGACAUGAACUAAAAAGAAUAGUCUCUGUCCCAAAGGAAGCCUCAAUAAUCCCUUCAUCACUAAUUUUGGUUGAAAUGAGAGACCAACUUUCUUUCCCAUCAAAUACUGUUUUAAGAAAAGGAGGAGGUAAUAGCUGAACGUAAAAUUUCCUUAGAGAAAAGAAUUUCACUCUGCUUUGCCCAAUUCAAUUAUUCUAAUGGUGGAUGGUAGUAACGUUCGCCAUUCUGAUCCAUCUGACAUUAGCUCAUAAACAUGAGACAAGGAAAAUUAAGAAAACAUAUUUUGCUGUGCAUAAACUGGUAUUUUGAUAUGCAGUUGUGGUCUAUAAUUAAAUUCAUGCAGGCAUUAUAAAUGGAUGCCCUUAAAAUCAUUAUAAUUAAUCAAUGGAUGGUUUGUUCUAUUUUGUUAAAGCUGACACAGUAUUGUCUAAGCAGGUGUAUUUGAAUGCAUUUCAGUGUUAAUAGCAGAAGUUGAUUGGAUAACACUUUAAAGCCAAUAACUUUGGUGUCAAAUGUUGAUGUUAUUUUCACAGUAAAGGCAGACCAAACCAUACACAACCAUGUAAAGCUCUUUCUUCUAAGGCUUCUCCUGUAAACCAAGGUUGCAAUGACUGGAUCUGGAGGAACUCCCUGCAAUUGAUUUCUGAGAGUAUAAUAGUUAAAUAUCAAUUUUAGAUACACAAGAUUUGAAAACAUAAAUAUUUAUGUCAAAGCAGGCAUUAACACAAGAACUAUAAUGUGGUCCUGAUGCUAGAAGGUUUCUAGUCACAUUAAAAUAUUUUUAUGAGAUCACCUUAUUUUUAUAUAUGACAAAUUACUUCCAUAUUACUUACUAUGUAAAAUAAAAUUGGAAAAAAUUAAAACUGACCUAUAAGAGUGUUAAGGUCCUAAUAGAGUGACAUAUAUAAAUUAAGCAUAAAAUAUGUAACCAGGAAAAGACUGUUAAUAUUACAUUUAUGCAAAUUAAAUGCCCUUAUAUUUUACCAUUUAUCUUUCAUUUUAAAGGUUAUUUGCCCCCGAUUAUAUGAUUCAAGUGUUAUAAGGUCUAGCUUGAACUACUUUGCAGUAAUUUAUUUGACAGCUCUCUAUUCCAUAAAUGCAUAAUGUAAUGAGGAAAGAGAUCAUUCUUUUUUUAAUGAAAACAUUAAUGUGUUAAUACCCUGUAUGGAUAAUGUUUGACAUUUCAUGGUUACCAAAAUAUAUUAGUAUAUUGUUGAAUGCACUUCAGCCUUAGGAAUGCACAUUCUGAAUUCUGUGGGAUGAUGAUCUAAUUCAAUGUAGAAUAUGCUUUUUGGCAAUGAGUUUGUUGCUUGACUUCAAAUAGGUAGUUAAGUGGUGCUUUCACAGCCCAACUCAUGUAGUCUAAUAAGCUGCACUUAUUUUUUUUAUAUUUUUCAAUGCAUUUAAUUAUUGUUUUUUAUAAUUCUUUGUACUAACUCAGCAUGUACCAACCAAUUUACAUGGAAAUAAAUUGAAAUAUGAUAGCUAUUA